CUGCGCUGUCAAAACGCUGUCAGUGUGUGGGCAAAUGUAAACAAUAAUACGACCUUCAACUCUUCAUCGGGAAAAGGGAAAAACUUUCUCGUGGCCCAGCAAAACUGGAGUUCGAUGAACAGUUUAGAAUUGGCUUUCUUCUGCAACGGUACAAGCAACGCAGCACGCAACGUUGGCCUUUAGUGUUUCGGUGGCCACCAUAGGACGAUAAAGUGCAUCCGGCCGAAAUUUCACAUCGAUUGAGGAGCAUGCGCCUCGAUGCUUUGGUCGCAUGGUAUCAGAAGAAGAUCGGCACCUACGACAAGCAGCAAUGGGAGAAAACGAUCGAGCAAAAGAUACUGGCCGGCAUCAGCCAUCUGCCGCUGAAAAAUACCAAACUCAAGACCGAGCUGAUCGAUGUCGAUCUGGUGCGCGGUUCCACCUUCCCGAAAGCUAAAUCGAAACUGUCGAUCCUGACGGUGCUGUAUCUGGCCGCGCUGCGCAUUCUGCUGCUACCGGUUUACGCCCGCUGGUGGGUGCAGCAAACAUCGCCCGGCGUGUUCCUGCUUCUGCUCAUGCUCUACCUGCUGCAGAUGCUUAAUCUCGGCAUCUACAGCUACUGUUCGCGGUCGGCGCCCAGUGUCGCGGACGGUGAGCCAAAGGGGGCGACCACCGAGCCGGUCGAACAUAUCGUCACGAUAUCGGACUUUUUGAUUCCGCUCGCGCUCAGCCUGCUGUUGAGCGUCAUCCAUUCGCAGAUCGUUGCCACCGCCUCGAACAGCAACGGAUCGUCGUCGCUGUUUUCGUGCGGUAAGCUGUCGCAAAAGUGUUUCUCCCACGGUUCGACCGCUGCGGCGACCCCGGGUGCUGCCAGUACCGGUACCGGUACGUCCAUGUCCACGCCGGCCGGGAUUGGCGGGACGCUGAGUAAGAAGCAGCGCGAGCAACGCAUUCGCCGGAAGCGUCGCGUAAGGGCACACUCGGAAACGGCCCAAUCGGUACCGGGCGGGCGUGUGCCGACCGACGAUCGCGACCGAAAGAAAGCGUUCGCCAGUGUGGGUGGAUCGAAAUCGGCCACCAGUUCGCCGGCUCGGACAGCGCCGAAGAAGGGCGCGUGCAGUACGAGCAGCAGCACAAGCAGUGAUGCGGUGGAGCGCCACCAACACGAUCCAAUCGCUGAACCGGAGGAAGCGAACGCCGGAACGCCGGAGGCACUGCUUCGGGCGGACGAUCGUGCUCCAAACAUUCAUCGAACGGCUCCCGGUUCGCCCGUGGUGUCUGCCAUCGGUGUGACCAUCACGUCCACGAACAGUUCCAGUGACCAUUCGCCACCGAACGGACGACGAGGACGUGCCGGUGGUGAACGGGUGCGGUCGGAAGCGAUGUUCCUGCUACCGUCCGGGUUGCGCCGUCGGAACGUUAAUUGGGACCCGACUGUACGCCCGGACCGGGUACGCCCGACCGCGUCCCUGCUGGAACCGGUCGUGGACGACGAUGGGUUCGAAAGCUUAAACGGCAAAAGUUCCGGCGGUGAGGACAGUGUCGGUGUGAAUGGUGCGGUGCUGUUUCAGCAGGAUCACGGCCGCUACCGGAAGGGUCCGUUUGCAAACGACGACUGGCUUGCCGGCGGGACUGCCGGCGGCGAGAUAGAAUUCAACGAGCAUCAGUCCGAUUCCGACACGGACACGCUGAAAAACAGCAUCACGAACUACGGUGCCACCACCACCACCACCAUCCCAGAGCUGGACGGUUUGCUCGAUCCGCAGCGUAAGGAAAACGGAGCUGUGACGGACGUCGCCCAAAAGGACACGCAGGGCCCGGAAGGGAAGGAGGGCCGGGACCCGGUACAGCGGCAACGGCGCACCAAAGACACAAGUAAGCAGCAACGGCGCGCACCGAUCGACGGCGUGAAGCAUAGCGGAACGGACGAAAAGCUAGGGACGAGCUGCAGCGACGAGACGGACGAAGAGGACGAGUACGAUUUGCAUUCGCCGUCGCCGCCACACAUGCACCUACUGCACUCAUCGCCACCGCUUCAUCGCCACCAGCCGCCACCAGUACCGGUGCGGCCGUCGGUCGGCUCGUCGCCGCCGCCACCGCCGCCCCACCAUUUGCUUUACCUCCAUCGCCAUCCCGCAGUAGUAGCGCAGCCGGCGGUGGUGGUCCACCAUUCCGUUCAUUCGCUUCAUACGCAUCAGCAUCACUUUCACCAUUCGCCCUCCGUACUGACCGAAGGUGAGGAGUGCAGCUACAGCUCCGAGCUGGACCAUUCCGAUACGCAGAACGAACACUCGGACGACGACUACGAGCUGGAGGACGUACCGACGCUCAUACUCAAUCCGGCCUGCGGUGCAAACGAUCGCGUCAGCUGCACCAUCUGGGAGGCACGGGAAGCGAAGAAGGCGGAAAUGUCCGUGCUGGACAUUUCCUCCGCCAUCAUCGAGCGCGUGGAAGCGAUGCCGGAAUCGUGCGACUACGUGUACAUUGGCGUCGUGCUGAGCGUGUUCCUGUCGCUGGUGCCCGCCUUCUGCCGGCUGUGCGAGGCGACGGUCGACUCCACCAACUCGACCGAGGUGAACUUCCUCGACAUGCCGGUCAUCCUGUUCGAGAAGGCGUCCUUCUCGCUGCUGGCCGUGCUGCGGUUCGCGUUCGGCGAGAGUAGCUGGGAGCGGUUUGUGCUGGUGCUCGGCUUUCUGCUACGGCUCGUGCUAACCUUCCUGGUGUUUUUCCUGCUCGCCGUGGCGGAGCGCACCUUUAAGCAGCGCUUUCUGUACGCGAAACUGUUCUCGCAUCUGACGUCCUCCCGGCGGGCGCAAAAGUCCGGCAUUCCGCACUUUCGGCUGAACAAGGUGCGCAACAUUAAGACGUGGCUGUGCGUCCGUUCGUACCUGAAGCGGCGCGGGCCGCAGAACUCGGUGGACGUGAUCGUGUCGGCCGCGUUCAUCAUCACGCUGCUGCUGUUGGCGUUUCUGAGCGUGGAAUGGUUGAAGGAUUCGGUCCACUUGCAUUCGCAGUUUAAUCUCGAGGCGCUCGCCUGGUCCUGUGCGUUUGGCACGUUUCUGCUGCGCUUCAUGACGCUCGGCACGAAGAUCAACAAGAAGUACAAGAGCGUGUCGGUGCUGAUCACGGAGCAGAUCAAUCUCUACGUUCAGAUCGAACAGAAACCAAAUAAAAAGGACGAGCUGAUGAUAUCGAACAACGUGCUCAAGCUGGCGGCUGACCUCCUCAAGGAGCUGGAAUCUCCGUUCAAAAUCUCCGGUCUCAGUGCAAACCCGUAUCUCUACACCACCGUGAAGGUGGUCAUACUGUCCGCCCUCUCCGGGGUGCUGAGUGAAAUGUUAGGCUUCAAGCUGAAACUUCACAAAAUUAAAAUUAAGUAGAACCGAUAACCCCGAACCGAAGUGGCUGUGGCCAGGUGCUCGGGUUCGAUCGGGUGUUCCGACGAUGUGAUGAUGUAGUUGCAGCUGUAUGUACGGUGGUGUUCGUGUAGUUGCCCAGAUGGGUGUAGAAUGUUAAACACUUGUAAUGCUCCUCCAUACUUAGCAUGGAAGAUACUCACCUUAAAGUAAACCCUUAUACCUGACUAGACGGGCGGGUGGCGAGCGUCUUGGGACGCACUCCUCCAAGUCACCGCCACCCUCCAAGCCUGCAGAUUCUCAAGCCUCAAGAUUUCUCGUUCCAAAGUUCCAAAAACAGCGGUAGCGUCGUAGCCGUAAGUGUGCACUAGUGGAACCGUAAGUAGUAAUAGAAGCGCGCUAGUCUUAAGGAAGUUUGCAGCACCGUCGCCAUGCUCGAGAAACGUACAGCGUGUUAGUCCAGAAAGGGAAAACAUUUAACGAGUAGCGGCAAACGCACGAUCCGUUGAUCCGGUAGUGUAGCGAGUUCGCUGUUCGGUGGGCCGUUGAUUGGUGGGCAAAGUUAGAGAACUGAUGUAGCGUUAGUUUUGUUUUUACGGCAUAGUACAAGCGCACACCACGUCGGAUGGGAAGGAAGAGUUUAUUGCAAAUGUUACAACAUUGGACAGGUCAUGGAACGGCUUCACCAGGACCAGGACUUUUGUGUGUUGAGGUUAGGUAUUUGAAAAGAUUGUGGGACUGUGUGUGUGUGUGUGUAAGUGUCUGUUAUACGUAGAGGAAAAGGCAAUUGGCCAACCGUUUUGGCCUGUAAGAAAAAUGUUUAAUCAGCAGAACUAGGUUUUGCUAUAUUUUAGCUCGAAAAUUAAAAUCUUAAACCGUGAGCCACACCACACGCGGCGA